CCGUGAAGCCAUGCUGUUGUGAUGGAUGUGGUGGAGCACAGUUCACUUUUUCACUCCCUGAGGGGAAAAAGAGGAGGGCAUUACUCAAACUCCUCAGUGUGGUCGGCAUUCAGUAUCUCGACACAUCAUGAGCAGAUCUGCACUCCUGAUCCUGGCGGCCCUUGUUGGAGCGUGUGCACUGAUUACAGGUGCCGUCCACAUACGAAAAAAUGAGGCGUCACCAGAAGGAUCAGAGGAGUCAGAAAGCUACAUGCCGAUACUCUGCUCACCUUUACCUGCCCCCUUAACCCCACCCUCCUCAGUUCACACUCUGAAACCUGCCGAUAUAUCUGCUGUUUACGUCCUGGGAAUGCCACUAUCACAGAGGGAGGAGGUCUCCAGGGUGGCCAGCAGAGUAGCCGAGCUGAUGUCCAUGUUUAAUCCUGAAGGGAUCCCUCAACAUUUAGUUCAGAGCUCACUGCAGCCCAGAAGCUUGUUGGAGAAAGCUGAGGAGCUGUCACUCUCCAUGUCACACCAGGAGACAGGGUGGAAGUUGGUGCUGCUGUUUGUUCCAGCAGAUUCUCUGUGUGCCUGUUCUCCACAUGUUGCAGGAGAAGUCACAGCUGCUGUGCAGGAAGUGGACGCAGCCCUGCAGCUGUUACAGCAAAGGUUGCAUCACACUUUGGUCCAUGUUGUUGUGUGGAGCACAAAUCAGCCAGAGGAAGACUGUGAGUGUAUGAGAAAUGAGAACAUAAACCAGAGACUACAGAAAGCAACUGUCCUGAAAACACUGCAGGACUCUCUAAGUGAUGUGCUGGAAAAUCAAAAGUGGCACAGCGACAAGUCAGACUUCACUGCUGUGCUGCAGUCUGCACCUGCCAUCCUUGAAUACAUCUCCGACUUAGAUCUUAACCAAUUAGCUGUUCAGCUGUGGGCAAACAUGAUUCAACCAUGGAAGAGUCAGGCAGAGGUCAUGGAUAAUGGUGUCAUAAGUAUUCCCUGCCCUACCCAGGAGCAACCUUUCCUGCGGACACAGAAAAACUCCCCCUCUGACAGAAAACUGGAUUCAGCUCCAUUCUCAGAAUUUUCUAUGGGCACUGAAGUCAACUGCACCGACCGCAGUCCAUCUCCCACUGUACCAAUGUCAGUUCAUGAACUUAGACCUGGAGAUGUCAAGGUGGUGGCAGCUUUGGGGGACUCUUUGACAGCAGCCAAUGGUGUUGGUGCAAAGGCAGAUAACCUUCUGUUAGUGAUUAAUGAGUACAGAGGAUUGUCAUGGAGCAUUGGUGGGGAUGAAAACAUCACAACUGUGACCACACUGCCAAACAUCUUGAAGGAGUUCAGCCCAAACGUGACAGGCUUCUCUGAGGGAAUAGGAAACCAGGACACCCCUACAGCUUUCCUCAAUCAGGCUGUGGCAGGAGCCAAGGCCGGUGACAUGGUACAGCAGGCACGCGUCCUGGUGAACAAAAUGAAAACUGACUCGCGCAUUGAUUUCCACAAUGACUGGAAAGUCAUCACAAUGUUUGUCGGAGGCAACGACAUAUGUGACUUCUGCACAGACAGCAUUUUCUUCUCACCCAGGAAUGUGGUCGGUCGUAUCCGCCAAGCUUUGGACAUCCUUCACGCUGAAGUUCCUCGUGCAAUAGUCAACCUGGUCGAGUUGUUGGACAUAGUUCCUCUACGUGAGCUGCACAAGGAUAAAACUCUAGGCUGCCCGACCUGGUUUGUGAGUUUGGUUUGUCCAUGUAUACUGAAGCCUAAAGACGGAUCAUCAGAACUGCAGAAGGUCAGAGACUUUAACGCAGCCUAUCAGCUCAGUAUGAGAGAGCUGAUUGACUCUGGACGGUACGACACACACGACAACUUCACAGUGGUGCUGCAGCCAUUCUUCAGGGAGGUUUUCCUUCCCUAUUUAGAGGACGGCCGGCCUGACCGCUCUUACUUUUCACCCGACUGUUUUCAUCUGAGUCAGAAAGCUCACACCCUGAUGGCUCAGGCUCUUUGGAACAACAUGUUAGAGCCAGUGGGGAACAAAACCUCUACACAAGACUUUACAACUGGCAUCGAGUUGAAGUGUCCUUCUGAGAGCAACCCAUUUAUUAGGACAGCUGUCAACAGCAACUACACCUUUCCAGGCCCUCCACCCACUCCUGCUCCUGUUACAAAUUGGGGAAGUGACUUUUUCUGUUCCAACACAGCUCCUUCUAACACUGUACCCACAUCAGCUCACAGGAUACGGCCAGCUGAUAUCAAAGUGGUGGCUGCUCUGGGAGACUCCCUCACGGCCGGCUUUGGAGCAAAAGCUAAGAAUCUUCUGCAGCUAAGGACAGAGUAUAGAGGAGUGUCAUGGAGCAUUGGAGGAGAUAAACAUCUUGAAACCGUCACAACAUUACCAAAUAUUCUGAAGAAGUUCAAUCCUGAUAUCAAAGGAGUGUCAAAGGGAACGGGGAAUCGGCAGAGAGGCUUUAAUGUGGCUGUAUCUGGAGCUAAAAUAGCAGGAAUCCCAGGACAAGUACGGGAUCUGAUUGAUCUCAUGAGAAAUGACCCUAAGGUGGAUUUUGAGAACGACUGGAAGCUGGUGACCCUCUUCAUCGGAGGCAACGACCUGUGUCAGUACUGCAAUGAUCGGGCUUCACUGUCACCUCAGAACUACAGCUAUCACAUGAUGACGAGCCUGGAUAUGCUUUAUCAAGAGGUUCCCAGGGUGAUUGUCAACAUCUUGGAAAUCCUUGAAAUUGAAGGUCUUCGCAGAAUCAAAAGGGACAGUCUUGGAUGCAACGUGCUGCAACCGUUUGUCUGCCCGUGCUUCUUAUUACCAGGAGAGGAUUCCCCUGAGCUGGCGGAAGUGAAACGGAUCAAUCGGGAACUGCAGGUGGAGACAGAAAAGCUGGUGUACGGAGGCCGCUAUGAUGGCAGGGAGGACUUUACUGUGGUGGUGCAGCCGUUCUUUCAGAACACCGUCGUUCCUUUAAAUGCUGACGCCAGACCUGACGACACGUACUUCUCUGAGGACUGUUUCCACUUCAGCGAACGGGGUCACGCUGACAUGGCUACAGCUCUGUGGAAUAACAUGCUGGAGCCAGUGGGAAAAAAACAGACGUACAACAACUUCAGAAACAGCAGAGACAGCAUCAAGUGCCCCACUGAGGAGCAUCCUUACAUCUUCACACGAGUAAACAGCUUCCCCAGCUCACCCACAACAUCGGCACCCAAAACAGACAGCCCAGCUUUACCUCACACCACCAUCACUUCAGAACCCACGAUGCACAGCACAGCCCUGCCUCCCCCCCCUGACGACACAGUGCCUGUAUGGCUUGCUGCUGUGCUGGCUGUAAUGGGGCUUCUGAUUGGCUGGGGAGUGACUUGGCUCUUCUUCUCCUGGAGAGCAAAGAAGAGCAAGAGGAUGAUGACGACUGCAGUGGAACUAAAGGGCACUGGGUUUUAAAGUGCUGUUUGUUGUAGCCUUGGACUACUCAAGGGGAAAACUGCAAAACAACAAAUUUAAAGAAAGUGCAGAUAAAGAAGGCUGUUAUUUUUUAUACUUAGAUGUGAUAAACCCAGCUUUGGACUUUGGACGGUUUACAGAAUACAGAGUAGGAAAAGAUGCACCUCUCUUAACUUAAUAAAAGAGAUAAACAUGCUAAAAUAUCAUGUUUUUGCAGGCUGUUAUUGUUGGAUUUAUCCAUAUUUGUGCAUAUGUUGUAGCUGGCCUUACAACUCGCAUAAUUUAAUGACUUAAUAUUAACAACUACAGUAAAAACACAGUAUGCUGAUGGGAAAAAUAGUCUGAACUGACUCCCUUUAACUUAUUAUUUCUGCUGUAUUUUGACUUAAAUUAAAACAUGCUUUGAAAGUCAGCACUGUGACACUUUAAAGCAGAAUUUUCAGAAGUAAAAUUCACAAUAUUCCUCAAACUUUUGCUCUCAGAACUUGAAGUAAAUCUUGUAUGUAAAAAACAAUCACACUGAUGGUUGAUGUUUUACAAAUGUAACAUUUUGUGCAGGAACAAU